AUGCAUAGACAAGGCGAUGUUAAUAACAAAAUUUUAGGUGAUGCUGGCUAUCCUGCUGAACCAUGGCUCAUAACACCGCAUAGAUCCCCACAAUCAGGAUCUCUCGGAAGUACCUUCAUCAGCAAGCAUAAAGGCUUAGCUAGGGGAAUAAUUGAACGGACAAUUGGAGUUCUUAAAAACAGUUUUCGCUGCAUACUCGGGGGCCGACAGCUCCACUAUUCUCCGAAUAAAGUAGCAAAAAUUGUUAACGUUUGCUGUGCUUUACACAACAUUUGCCUAUCUUUUGACAAUAAUUCAUAG